AUGUCGAUGAUCAAAAGAUGCUCCAAAGAUAAUUUCUUUGCUGCAACCUCGAAUUCUUUUUCUGGUUCAAAUGCAGCAGUAGCAGGUGCAGCAGUAGGUGUACCAGCUGGUGCAAUAAAUUCUGCAGCAGGGGCAGUAGCAGUUUUAUCAGAUGGCUCAGCGGCAGAUCGAAUGGUAGACACCAGAUUCGUUGCUGUUGCUGAUGAAGAUGGAGAGAGUGCUGAGAUCUGCUGGUUUUCUGGUUGCUGGUGCUAUUUGCCCGACGUUGUUUGGGCAAACAGCUCGGGUAAACAGUCUGUUUUCCCUGUUGCCUGCGCACUGCUUCCGCCCUGUUGGCUCGUUUGUCCAGUCUAUUUGGGCAAACAGUCUGGUCAAACAGCAGAUUAUUCCUCUUCCAUUUCAGUUUCAACUCUGGGUCAAUCGGUUGUGAGACCACCUUUCUUUGAUGGAAAUGACUUUCUAUAUUGGAAAAAUAGAAUGUAUUAUUUCCUUAAAUCGGAAGGAGUUGAUUUGUGGGACAUUGUAGAGAAUGGGCCUUUCUUUCCCACAAGAUUCAUUGAUGGAAACCAAGAGCAAAAACCUAAGAGUGAAUGGAGUGAGCUAGAGAAGAGAAGGGUAGCUCUCAAUGACAAAGCCAUUCACAUCUUGUUUUGUGCUCUUAGUAGAAGUGAGUACAACAAAGUAUGCAUGAAGUCCACCGCCAAGGAAAUUUGGGAUGCUUUGGUUGUCACUCAUGAAGGUACCAAUCAAGUCAAGGAAAACAAGAUGGAAUCCCUCAUCUAUCAAUAUGAGUUGUUCAAGAUGAAAUCCGAUGAAACUAUUAGCCAAAUGUAUGAUAGGUUCAUUGAGAUCAUAGGAGGGAUGAAAUCUCUUGGGAAGACAUUCACAAAUGAAGAGUUGGUGAAGAAAAUCCUUAGAUGUCUACCUAAAGAAUGGCUACCAAAGGUAACUUCCUUAAAGGAUGCCAAAGACUUGACCAAAGUGCAAUUGGAUGAACUCUUGGGGAAUCUCAUUGACUAUCUAGAUAGUGGAUGUUCAAGGCACAUGACCGGAAACUCAAAUCACUUCAUCUCUCUUGAAAAGAAAGACGGAAGUGGACAAGUAACCUUUGGAGACAAUGGAAAAGGUAAAAUUGUUGGUAUAGGUAAAGUCGUUGAUGGUUUGAAGCAUAAUUUGUUAAGUGUGAGUCAAUUAUGUGAUAAAGGUUCUAGAGUUAUCUUUGAACCAAAAUCAUGUUUUGUGUCUAGAAUGUCGGAUAACAAAAUAUUGUUUGUUGGUGAAAGAGUUGAGAAUAUUUAUCUUAUUGACUUACAAGCUAUGACUAACCAAGAUAUGAAGUGCUUUGUGUCUAUUAGUGAUAACUCUUGGAUUUGGCAUAGAAGGCUUUCUCAUGCUAGCAUGGAUCUCCUCAAAAAUUUGAGCAAAGAUGAGCUAGUUGAUGGUCUUCCAAAGAUCAAAUAUGAAAAGGACAAAGUAUGUGAUGCAUGUCAAAUGGGUAAGCAAGUUAAGAGUUCCUUUAAAACUAUUAAUAAGGUAAUCUCUUCUAGACCUUUGCAACUCUUGCAUAUGGAUUUAUUUGGUCCAACUAGAGUAGCUAGUCUUGGUGGCAUGCAUUAUGGGUUUGUUAUAGUUGAUGACUACUCUAGAUAUACUUGGGUUGUGUUCCUUGCUCAUAAGGAUGAUUGUUUUGAUGCUUUUAAAAGUUUUACAAAGAAAGUUCAAAAUGAAAAGGGUUUUCAAAUUUCUUCUAUAAGGAGUGAUCAUGGUAGAGAAUUUGAAAAUGAAAAAUUUGAAACUUUUUGCAAUAAGUUAGGGAUCACUCAUAAUUUUUCAUCUCCUAGGACUCCCCAACAAAAUGGUGUUGUUGAAAGAAAAAAUAGAACUCUUUUAGAUAUGGGGAGGACUAUGUUAAGAGAGUACAAUUUACCUACUUAUUUUUGGGCGGAAGCCAUAAAUACGGCUUGUUAUGUUUCAAAUAGAGUUUUAAUUAGACCUCUCUUAAAUAAGACUCCUUAUGAGCUUUGGAAUGGAAGGAAACCUAGAGUUAGUCAUUUUAGAGUUUUUGGUUGUAAAUGCUUCAUAUUAAACAAUAAGGAUAAUCUAGGCAAAUUUGACUCCAAAACCGAUGAAGGUAUCUUCUUAGGAUACUCUAUAUCUAGUAAAUCAUAUAGAGUAUUCAAUAAAAGAACCUUGAUAGUUGAAGAGUCAAUGCAUGUUGUUUUUGAUGAAUUAGAAGCCAUUAGAAUCUUGCUUGCAUAUGCAUCAUACAUGAAUUUUAAUCUCUUUCAAAUGGAUGUGAAAAGUGCCUUUUUAAAUGGUUUUAUUGAGGAGGAGGUUUAUAUUGAGCAACCUCCGGGGUUUGAAAAUCAUGCCUUUCCAAAUCAUGUUUUUAAAUUGUCUAGAGCUUUAUAUGGUUUAAAACAAGCUCCUAGAGCUUGGUAUGAAAGACUAAGUAAUUUUCUUUUGCAAAAUGGUUUUUCAAAAGGCAAAGUGGAUACAACUCUUUUUGUCAAAAAUCAUGAAAAUGACAUCCUUGUAGUGCAAAUAUAUGUUGAUGAUAUUAUAUUUGGUGCUACUAAUGUGUGUUUGUGUGAAGAGUUUUCAAAAGUUAUGAAAAGUGAGUUUGAGAUGAGCAUGAUGGGAGAACUCAAAUUCUUCCUUGGGCUUCAAAUCAAACAAGCUAAGGAUGGCAUCUUCAUCAACCAAGCCAAAUACACAAAGGAGCUAAUCAAAAGGUUUGGAAUGGAGAGUAGCAAGCCAAGUAGAACUCCAAUGAGCACAAACACCAAGCUUGACAAGGAUGAAAAGGGUAAGUCUAUUGAUGAAAAGCUCUAUAGAGGUAUGAUCGGAAGCCUUUUAUAUCUCACCGCAUCUAGAUCGGAUAUCAUGUUUUCCGUAUGUUUAUGUGCACGUUUUCAAUCAUGUCCUAAAGAGUCUCAUUUGCAUGCCGUUAAACGCAUUCUUAGAUAUUUACAUGGCACAUUGCAUUUGGAGUUAUGGUAUCCUAGAAGUUCAUCCUUUAGUUUAUGUUCCUACUCGGAUGCCGACUUUGCCGGAAGCAUUCUUGAUAGGAAGAGUACCUCGGGUACUUGUCAACUUCUAGGACAAUCUCUUGUUUCUUGGUGUAGCAAGAAACAAAAUUCGGUUGCACUAUCAACCGCCGAAGCCGAAUAUGUGGCGGCGGGUCUCUGUUGUAGUCAAGUCCUUUGGAUUAAACAACAAUUAAGAGAUUUUGAAGUAUCUCUUGAUCACAUUCCUAUUAAAUGUGAUAAUACAAGUGCAAUCAAUCUAACCAAGAACCCCAUUCAAUAUUCUAGAACUAAGCAUAUUGACAUUAGACAUCAUUUCAUUCGUGAUCAUGUGUUAAAUGGUGAUGUUGUUCUUGAGUUUGUGGAUACAAACAACCAACUAGCUGAUAUUUUCACUAAACCUUUAAAUGAAGAAAGAUUUAACUUCAUUAAAAGGGAAUUGGGAAUGCUAGAUGGUGGUUGUUGA